AUGUCUGGCAUGCGUGGUGCAGGCAUUGCCCGCAGGCUGCGACUGCCGACGGAGAAUGCGCUGCUGGGGGUGUCGGGCCAAGGCUGGCGGGUGGACACGGUCGUCCGCCAGUCGCUCAUCCCCGGGGCUGGCAACGGGCGCUUCACCGCGCAGAGCGUCCAGGCGAAGACGCCGAUCUCCGUGAAGCCGAUGGUCGAGAUGGCGAAGGUUACCGCGCUCAGCGAGCUGCCUCCCGACCGCGUGCUCACCUUCUCCGGGCUGGACGACCUUGAGAAGUACGUCGUCCUGAGCGAGCAGGAGGGCGGCGUCACUCGCGACAAGGUGCUGGACCUCUACUCCAACUUCGUCUGGAGCCUGGACGGCCGCCGCGCUUGCCUCAACAUGUCCACCUGGUCGGUCAACCACGCGCACGAGAUCUCGGACGGGCUGAACCUCGAGUUCGGGGAGAAGGAAAUGCCAGACGGCGGCGUCGCCAUGGUCGGCACCUCCCUUGUGGACCUGGGACCGGGUGUGGAGCUGCGGAACGACUACAGGAAGUUCAACCUGCCCGAGUUUUACUUGAAGUAUUGCGACGACCACGGCUUCAAGGACGUGCGUUCGAUCGUGAUGGAAGCGAUCGAGCAGGUGCCUCCCGACGUGGGGCAGGCAGGGGGUCUGAGGUGGCCCGGCGCUGGUCUGUUCGAGCAGCAGCACGGCAGCGCGGAGCACCGCGCCCGUGCACCGAGCGGCGCAGGCCGGCGUGGCGAGGUGUUCCGGAGGUCUUUGCCGGGCGGCUCCUGGAGCGGCACCUCGGCCAGCGCGGGCCACGCGGCCGGCAUGCCCACGGCGCCCCCCGCGGCGAGGGCCGCCGCGGCGGCCCUGGCGGCGGCGGGCGCCGCCCUGCUGCUGUGGCACCUGCUGCGGGCAUCGACCGAGGAGGAGGACGCGGAGGAGGCCGCCGAGGCCGCCCGCGCCCGCGCGGAUGCCCAGAGGGCCGCGCUGGCGGCCGCCAGGGGUCUGAGGCAGUUCGUGCCGACGGCCGAGUGGCAGGAGGUGCCCGAGGGCGCGGCGUGCCCGCCCGGCCUGGAGUACAGGAUGGACAUGACGUCGGAGAGGACCGUGGCGCGCCUGCCCCCCGGCUCCCGCCCCUGA